AACAUGUUACUUUGCCACGUUAUGUGAUUCACGCGUUUCAACAAAGGAGUUUUUAUACCCAGCAAGUUCAGUUUCUGCAGUAUUUGUAAGAAUUUUACCGAACGAAAACUGGAAUAAUGUUUUCUUUGAAUGACGAAUGUUUCAAUGAACGUAAAUGCCUGUGUGGGAAUCGUCGCGUGUUCAAAGACGGGCAAUCGACAAGUUGUAGGUUUGCCACACGAAUGAUGAAGUCACGCGGGUAUUCGCUGCAAGUUCUCAUAUUGAUUAUGGUUUUCAGUUUGACGCUGGGAAAUACGCAUGAAACAAGAGGUCACUGUCUACCAGAACAGGUACAUUUGGCGUUUGGCAACAGCGUAACGGAAGUUGUGAUUGUGUGGGCUACGCGUGGCGUUUGCAGCGACACCAACAUCCGGUACGGGACGCUAUCGUGGGCACUGAAUGACAUAGCCGUGGGGAGGACAAUUAAGUUCACAGAGGGAAAUUCAGGCGGCUUACAAAAUCUACACAGAGUUGAACUUAAGAAUCUGCACACAGCGACGACGUAUUUCUACGAGCCGCAGAGUAACAACGUCAGCAGUGGACCAUUCUACUUCCAGACACCCGCGGCCAUCACGGACUGGUCGCCAUUAUUCCUAAUCCUGGGUGACCUCGAUGCCGACUCAUCUAGUAUCCCUCCUCUGACGUCAGAGGUCAUGUCGGGUCAGUACAGCGCAGUAAUUCACGUCGGCGACGUAGUAUACAACGAGACUGGUGAUGAGGGCAAGACAGAAGACCUGUUUAUGAAGCUGACAGAAGUUAUGGCGUCUCACGCGCCAUACAUGGUUACGCCAGGACGCUAUGGCAAAGGAAGUUCGUUUGAGCAAUACCGACACCGCUACUCCAUGCCCGGUUCGAGUUGGCCUAUUCCGAAAGACAAGGUGUGGUACAGUGUAGAUGUUGGACCAGUCCAUCUGAUCAGUUACUCCACUGAAGUGUUUUUCACGUCAGACCAGACAAAUGUACGGUCGCAACGCGAUUGGCUGAUGGCAGACUUGAAACAAGCCAAUGACAAACGAGACCAGCAACCCUGGGUGGUCGCAAUCGGCCAUCGACCCAUGUACUGCUCCAACAACAGUAGAACUAACAGUGACUGCGCGAAAGACGAUUCCAAAGUCCGACAAGGAUUCGAAGAUCUGUUUUUCGACUACGGCGUCGAUGUUGUCCUACAGUCUCACGACGUGUACGAACGAAUGUGGCCGCUGUACAAGGGCGUAGUGUUGUCCAAAAACUACACCAACCCCACCGCCCCCAUACAACUCGUGGUAGGCGCCGCCGACGUACACAGUGAUGAUGGUCAUGAUGAUAACGUAAAUCAGUCGAAUGAUACAGAGUCCGAACAACCUUGGUCUGCUUUUAACCCUAACAUCUCCGUGAGUAGCCACGGACACUUGCACGUGAUCAACUCUAGCCACGCCUACUGGGAGGUGAAGUCCACCCACGGCGGCGACCUCCUCGAUUCCGUCUGGAUCGUCCAGAAGAAACACGGACCCUUCAAGACGGAGAGUCUUCCGAAAAACGUCAGCAACGAGAUCAAAGAGUCGCUGAAAAAGACGGGCGGGAAACCGAGCUAUCUCGACAACUCGCCGACCGCCCCGAAGAAGUCGGCCAUCUUCGGCAAUGAUCGGACGCGACACAUCGCGAUCGGGAUUGCUUCGGGCACUUUCGUACUGGUGAUCAUCGCCACGGUCGUCGCCAUCAGGAAGUGCAGGAAACCCCGCCAGGGGGCGCGGCGGUGGGAGCAGCUCGACUUCAAUUAUGGGAAGAAGCUGUACGCGCCGUCUAAAGAUAUGGACAAGGAAUUGGACAAUGAUUUCGAAAUCGACAUGAACGACGGAACAACAAAACUGUUGUCUUAAAACUGAUCGGUGCUAUGUGUGGAUUUUCGUAAAUUUCAAAACAAACAUCAACAAUUAUAAUGACAGAACAUCAAACAGAAACAACAAUUGACAACAACAAAAACUCUCCGCCCCCUUCCGCCAAAAACGUCGCCUAGAUCUAGUCAGUGUUAUGACUAGCGCAGUGGAAGCAGUAUCGUUUAGGGGGCAGCCCUACUCGAUUUUCAUAACUUUUGUUUAAUAUAUAAUGAAAUAUGACACAUGGGGUUGGUUCAUAAGGGGUGCACUUUCACUUUAACAGACACUGUAGAAUUCUUAGUGCACUAAAAUUUCGCAUCAUCCAUUUUUUAAAGUAAUAUUGCAAUCUGUGAGUUACUGUUGCAGAAAUAUUUCUGUUGAUAUAGUGAAAUGUGAGGCGUGAAUAGUUUCUUCCAUAAGAACCGUUUUCCAUAUGCGUUCAUUUCAUUUUAAUUUAUUUCCGUGCUUAUAUAUCCAAUUGAGGUUCAAGCACGCUGUCCUGGGCACAUACCACAGCUGUCUGUGCAGGACAGAGAGUUAAUGAACAGCUGUUAGUAGUUGACAAGGGAGAAGUUGGUUUAGAGGCAUUACAAAACCACAUUUAGCAAUUCAAAUUCAAUCUGCUUUGGAUCCGGUACCGAGAUGCGAACCCAAUACCUACCAGACAUAAGGCUCAACAGCUACAACACCAAGGCCUGUUUCCAUGUGCGUUGUACUGGCUAAUUUUAGCCGCACGGCUACCACAAAUAGCGCUGCUCAUAAGAAACCUCUAUUGCUAUUGCUAACCACAAAAUCGAUUUUUUGACGCCAGCGGUUAUUGCGUUCCGCGCCCUCGCCUUAACCAGAGGAAAGGUUCAGUCACUGUCUUGCUAGUCCGUGAAGGUCGUUUUCUGUGUACGCGGUUUGUACCGCAGCCACCGCUCAGUUCAUAGGGAAAACUUGCUAUUGGUGACAAAACUUACAAAACAAACUUAAAACACACACACACACACACACGCGCGCGCAUACAAACAUACAUGAGCACAAGGAAAACUAAUGUAAUAUUUGUAUUCUUUUUGGUGUCAUAAUGUGAUUUUCAAAGUUACAUACAAGUUAUAUUUCGUUGUAAUAUCGGGUUUCCUUUAUGUGAAAUGAUGAAAAACGAAGAAUAUCUUCAAAAAUACAAAGAAUUAUUAACUCUUUUUUUACGAGCGUUCAUACCUGUAAGAUAAAAAAAUAUAUAUCUUUAGUGUGAAAAUGUACAAUUUGUAUUAAAUUGGUAAAUUCAAGACAUGUAAAAAAUAAUGAGGAAAUUUCAGUAUAAUAAUUGAUGAUUUUUGUAAAUAUGUGUAUUACUGUAUUCUUAUGCGUGCACCGAUGUCUUUUUAUAUAUGCCAAAAUGUGCCGUAUCAUAUAUAUGCAGUUUGUUGUAUAAUAUGUAAUUUUUUUUUAUUUUUACCGCGCAUGGUUAACUGCACCCAGAGACCAAGAAGCCAUGGUGCUGAUUAAACACCAAUUUCUUUCA